UUGAUUUUUAUCAACGUUGCUGUUUUUUUUAAGGAUUGUUGUAUUCUAAUUUUGGAUUAUACGGCAUCGGUAACCGUUGAUGACUGUGAUCACUGCUUAAUUGUUACAGGUCCAUCGAAAGCCAGUGUUUUUUUGCGAAACUGUGAAAAUUGUUCAGUUUUUACGCCUUGUACCCAAUUCCGGACCCGUGACUGUGUUAACAUCGAUGUAUUCCUCUUCUGUAUCACAAAACCGAUCAUCGAAACCUCUACCGCUAUACGGUUUCGUUCAUUAGCUAUGUACUAUGAUUGUAUUGAAGGUAUAAUAACUUCUACUUUUGCUUCAAUUUUUUACUUCGGCUGA